AUGGUGUCGCUGCCCGUCCUCGCGCUCCUCGCGCCGCUGGCGUGGGCUGCUGCCUCUCCGCCGGCCUGGGCGAGCCUCGCGCGCGUGGACUACGACGCGCCGCCGGUCCCCAACGCCAGCAGCCUCGUCGGCCUCACGGUCUGCGGCUACCAGCAGUGGUUUCGGGCACCGAACGACACGGCGACGAACGAGGGCUGGACGCACUGGGGCAACGGCGUCGGCGCGCUGCACAACGGCACGGGCAUCGAGGAGGACUACUGGCCCGACCUGUCGGAGUUCGGCGACGACGAGAAGUUCGCCGCGCCGGGAUACAAGUUCGCCGACGGCUCGCAGGCCUACCUCUUCAGCUCCAUCAACGCGCGGACGACGCUGCGCCACUUCCAGUGGAUGGAGGCCUACGGCAUCGACGGCGUCGCGCUGCAGAGCUUCGGCCCCCUGGGCCUCGACCACGAGAUCCUCAACCACACGCUCGCGGCCGCCGCCGCGACGAACCGCGUGGCGUACGUCGAGUACGACCUCAGCGGCUACGCCGGGCGCGGCGCCGCGGCGGCCGCCAUGCUCAAAGAGGACUGGGCGGGCCUGCGGCGCCAGGGCGUGCCGGACCACGCGCGCUACGUCCACGAGGGCGGCCUCCCCGUCGUGGGGAUCUUCGGCUUCUACAUGGACCGCUUCAGCGGCGAGGAAGCCAACGCGAUCCUCGACGUCUUCGACGGCACGGCCUUCGUCGCCGGCGCGGGCCAGUGGUGGUGGCGCAGCGACCAACCCUCGGCGAACUGGACGCGAGCCUACGACCGCAUGGGGAGCUGGUCGCCCUGGAACGCGGGCGACUGGAACGGCGACGCGGCCCACCCGGCGGCCGCCACGGGCUACUGGGCCGCCGACAAGGCGGCGGCGGAGCAGGCCGGCGUCCUCUGGCAGCCGGAGCUCGCCCCGGGCAUGUCGACGAACCACCGCGACGGCACGCCCGCGGGCUCGGGCCGCCUCCCGCGGCUCAGGGGCGCCUACCUCUGGGCCCAGUUCUACGCCGCGGCGGCCAUCGGGGCGAAGACGGCCUUCGUGGGCAUGUUCGACGAGCUCGACGAGGGCACGCAGAUCCUCAAGGUCGUGAACGACCCGCCGGCGCCGGGCGACAUUGGGUACGAGGGCCUGCCUUCGGACUGCUACCUCGUGCUCACGGGGCUCGGGUCGAAGAUGCUGCGGGGCGACGCGCCGCGCAACGCGACGACGCCCGACUGCGCCGCGCUGACGCAGCCGACGGCGCCCGCGGCGCGCGCGCCGGCCGCCGGCGUGCUCCGGUGGGCGCCGGCCCUCGCGCUCGCGGGCGGCGGCGCCGUCGACCACUACGAGGUCCUCGUCGACGGCGCCGUCCGGCGCACGGCCGACGCGGCGACGCUCGCCGUCGCGUCCGCGGCGACGUCCUUCCGCGUCCGCGCCGUGAACUCCCUCGGCAACGCGGGCGCCUGGAGCCCCUAG